UGCUCCGGACUCCGGUUAAGAAGAAAAAAGUAAACAUUACGACAUGCACAAAAAUUUAAUGAAAUUAUUAUUCUUUAAAUAUUAAUGUUUUGAACUUUGCCCGUAUUUUAUGAGCUCCUAAGAUAGUGAUUGCAUUUUUUUCCACUUUGAAUGUUUUUUUGAAUUUCCCUUCAAGCUUAGCAUUUGAGAAAGUUCCAUGAAUUCAGCGAUGCUGAAACUCUUUCGACAUUUGUCAAUAUGCAAAAGUUUUCCAGCAAGAAGCUCCCCAUUAUGCAGUUCAAGAUAUUUUGAGUCCGAUGCAGCUCCCCCUGAUAUACAUGCAGAGAAUGUUGUACCAAGUAGCAGACCACCAUUGCCAAUAAUCACUUCUCGGAACCUUGAAUAUCCUAAAAAGCACUUAACACCACGUCAGGCUUGGGUUACGAAUAUGGAUACAGUACAAGAAGAAAAACUUGGUUUAGUUGACUUACAUCCAUCUGUAUUUUCUGCUAUGCCAAGAAUUGAUGUUAUUUUCCACAACUAUUUAUGGCAAAAAAAAUAUCGGCAUGUGGACUUUGUAACAGAAUACUCCCGUGCUGAAAUGCGUGGUGGUGGCCGAAAACCUUGGCCUCAAAAAGGGACUGGCCGAGCAAGGCAUGGAAGCAUUCGGUCGCCAAUUUUUUUAAGAGGUGGAAAAGCUCAUGGAAAGCGAGGUCCGAAAACAUCCUUUUACAUGCUUCCUUUAUCAUCAAGAGUAUCCGGUUUAAUAUCAAUGUUGUCUUCAAAAUUUGCUCAAGAUGACUUGGUAAUUGUUGAUUCAUUGGAAAUUCCUUCAAGUGACUCAAAGUACAUAGAAGAUCUCAUCAAAGAAAGGAAAUGGGGAGUUUCUGUUCUACUUAUAAAUGAAUAUGAUGUUAUGCCUCACAACAUUACAUUAGCAACAGACAGUUUGCCAUCUGUUACACUAAUGCCCUUCUAUGGUUUAAAUGUUUGGAGUAUGCUGAAAUAUGAUACCCUUGUUUUAACGGUUUCAUCUUUGGAUAAAAUCGAAGAAAGGCUAUUGUUCCAACUUCAUAGGUCAGAUAUUCAUUGUCACAAGUUUAAGCAAUUCAAACAGAAUCAAAGUGUUCUUAUAAAUAGUGGACCUGUAAAAAAGACUUAAUAAUUAGAUCAAU